CCUAGCCUCGUCACUAAGCAGAUGCUGAGGACACAGCGCAGUUGCCAGGGAACGGCCAAACGCGGACGCCCAUAGGGACGCAGAAGCCUCACAAGCUGAUGCUUGAGGCCUGGGCUCCGUAGGUCGAGGGCCGGCCAAAACUGAGCAGCACGCGAUGGACCCCAGGGACGUGAAAAAGAAGGGGAGAAAGGUGGAAAAGGAGAAGGGGAAAGAAGAGGAGGGGGAGGAGGAGGAAAUCACGGCCUCUUCACUGCGGGGCAAGCCACGCCCUCUCCCCAUCUCAGCGGUCUCAACUUUCAGCUACAUCCCACCAAGGCGCCAGGACCCCAAAGAACUCAGCUACUUCUCCCGCGAGAGCCGGACAGGGGUCAUCUCCCUCUACGACUGUGUUUUUAACAGGAGACUAGAUUAUAACCAGAAAUUACAUCGAGAUGACAGAGAACAUGCAAAACACAUGGGACUUCAUAUUAACGAGGAGGAGCAGGAAAGGACCGUGCCUGUGCUGAUGUCCUCUGUCUAUGGAAAGCGCAUCCAUCAGCCCAUCGAACCCCUAAACAGAGGCUAUGGCCGCGUGAACCACGUGCAGGCCGACUUCUACAGGAAGAAUGACAUUCCGAGUAUCAAGGUGCCCGACUUCGGGCACAUCAACCCAGCCUGAAGCAGUCCUGUGGUUUACAGGGCACGCUGAGGGGCCCUGUCACAAUUGAGGUUGUGCAGAAAGGUACCACCCUCCAACCUCCAUCUCAUGUUCUGUCACCUGACCACAGGAGGAUAAGCGCAUGCGCAUUUAAGGCAGCCCUGGCUCAGAACCUGGCCGGGAACUUUUGCGCAUGUUCUGAAGCACUAGUGUAAGGGUUUUGACAGGAUUUAUGUAAAAUGACACCGAUUCAUUCUGAGGACCCUAAUAAAAGAAAAACUUGCCUCCUAGUGGUGGUAGCUGUGUUUGUUGUGUGCUGGGUCUCCACUCUGCAAGGAUUCUUUGAGGCAAGGUUCACUGGCGCAUCUCUCAGGUC